AUGAUUAGAGGUACUAGAGGACGACUUGUCGGGUUGUUUAGAAGUUCUGCUUUAUUGAGGAAUAAUAGCAGAAUAUAUAACAAUUACAACAGAAGAAGGGACGUACUUGUUUUGAAAUCAUUAGACCAUGUAAGAUGUUAUUCUGCUGCUGUUUCAGCUGUGAAGAAGUUGGUUGAUGAUGUUUCUCUAGAAAUUCAUACCGAUAUACAAGCUGCUGCAAAAGAACAAUCGGAAGUAAGAAACAAUGCUGCCAGCACUUCAAAUAAAGAAAGUAAAACAGAAUCAGAAGCUGCCAUAUUAAGCAGCUCCAACGCAUUGAAACAUGCAUAUCAAGAAAACACAGGGUUCGGUACAAGACCAAUCUAUUUGGACAUGCAGGCAACCACUCCUACCGACCCUAGAGUGCUUGAUACUAUGAUGAAAUUCUUUACUGGUCUAUAUGGUAACCCACAUUCAAAUACACAUGCUUAUGGUUGGGAAACGAAUAAAGAAAUCGAAAAAGCAAGAAAACAUGUUGCAGACUUGAUUAAUGCAGACCCAAAGGAAAUUAUAUUCACUUCAGGUGCUACCGAAUCAAAUAAUACUGUAGUCAAGGGUGUUGCUAGAUUUUAUAAAAAAACAAAAAAUCAUAUUAUUACAACAAGAACGGAACAUAAAUGUGUCUUAGAGGCUGCAAGAUCAAUGAUGAAUGAAGGUUUUGAAAUCACUUUUUUAUCGGUUGAUGAAAAUGGUUUGAUUGACUUAGAGGAUUUGAAGAAAAAUAUUAGGCCAACAACUUGUUUAGUCUCUGUUAUGGCUGUUAAUAAUGAAAUUGGUGUUUUACAACCAAUUAAGGAAAUAGGAGAAAUAUGCAGAAAAAAUAAAGUAUUCUUCCAUACAGAUGCUGCACAAGCUUAUGGAAAAAUUCCAAUGGACGUAAAUAAAAUGAACAUCGAUUUACUAUCAAUAUCAUCUCAUAAAAUAUACGGUCCAAAGGGUAUUGGUGCUCUGUAUGUAAGGAGAAGACCAAGAGUUAGAUUAGAGCCUUUACUAUCCGGUGGUGGACAAGAAAGAGGUUUAAGAUCGGGUACCUUGGCUCCACCUUUAGUCGCAGGUUUCGGUGAAGCCGCUAGAUUGAUGAAGCAAGAAUAUGAAUCAGAUCAUAAACAUAUUACAGAAUUAUCUGAUAGACUAACCAAGGGAUUGUUAUCAGUGGAACAUGCCACUUUAAAUGGUUCCCCAUCACAUCGUUACCCUGGCUGUGUGAAUGUGUCCUUUGCUUAUGUUGAAGGUGAAUCUUUACUAAUGGCUUUAAGAGAUAUUGCUUUGUCAUCAGGUUCAGCAUGUACAUCAGCUUCUCUAGAACCUUCUUAUGUUUUACACGCUUUAGGUAAGGAUGAUGCACUUGCUCAUUCAUCCAUUAGAUUCGGUAUUGGUAGAUUCACAACAAAUGAAGAAGUCGAUUAUGUCAUUAAGGCUAUAGUAGAAAGAGUAAAGUAUCUAAGAGAGUUAUCUCCUCUUUGGGAAAUGGUACAGGAAGGGAUUGAUUUAGAUUCCAUCCAAUGGUCUGGCCAUUAA